CCCCUCCCCGCCACAGCGCGCCGCCGCGCCCUGGAUCUACCUGCGCCGCCGUCAGCAAGGUCUGGAUGUCCCCAUGGCCGUCUCCUUCUCUUUACCUCCCCCAGGUCCCACUCCUGCCGCCGUCGCCUAGAUCCCGAGCCCCCCACAGCGUGCUCCUCCUCCUGCCAACGUAGCCCAGGCUCAGAGAUCAGCGUUCCCCCCUGCCCCCGCCAGAUGCUUCUCCAUAGUCGACGACUCUGCCGCCCCUGCUUCCGGGUUUUCCGCCCUGACCAAACUGAAAUGUUGGCUCCUAUAGAAAAUUCUAAUUUGGUUGUUAAAUACUUUCCUCUAAAAUUUUUUGGUUGUUAUAUUUGGAUAACUGAAUCUCGAGGGAAAAAAAGGACAACAACAGUGUUCGGCCCUCGUGGUUUGUUGGCGCCGGAACAAGAAAAACAACAUUCUUGAGGACCUACAAACCAGCCCAUCGAAAGGGACGCGCACUCUCGUGCAGAUUUUGCGAUUGCCUUCUGCCUGCACACCGCAACCACCCUCUCUUGAUAUACUGCCACCGGACAGCAUCACUUCCACAAGCAAAUGGCGCCGGUGAAGGUGUUCGGGCCGGCCGCGUCGACGAACGUGGCGAGGGUGCUCGUCUGCCUGGAGGAGGUGGGCGCCGAGUACGAGCUUGUCGACAUCGACUUCCCCGGCAAGGGGCAUAAGCGCCCUGAGCACCUCGCCAGGAAUCCGUUUGGGCAGGUCCCAGCUUUUCAAGAUGGCGAUCUCAUCCUCUUCGAGUCACGCGCCAUUGCUAAAUACGUGCUUCGCAAAUACAAGUCGGAGCAAGUGGACUUGUUGAGGGAGAGCAAUCUGGAGGAAGCUGCCAUGGUAGACAUAUGGACAGAGGUCGAAAUACAUCAAUACCACCCGGCCCUCUCACCGAUCGUGCUGGAGUGCUUCAUAUACCCGACCUUACGCGGUCUUCCCACGAAUCAAAGGAUUGUGGACGAAAGCUUGGUGAAGGCGAAGAAGGUUCUAGAAAUCUAUGAAGCCCACCUGUCCAAACACAAGUAUUUAGCCGGUGAUUUCGUCAGCUUUGCAGAUCUGAACCAUUUCGCGUGUACUUUCUACCUCAUGGAUGCGACGCCUUAUGCGUCUCUGUUCAACUCCUACCCUCACGUGAAAGCGUGGUGGGAGGAUCUGAUGUCCAGGCCGUCCAUGAAGAAGCUCGGUGCAGGUAUGACCACGAGGGUUUAGCUACAAGCAAUUGCACGAAUCAUAUGCUGCUUCUGGUUUGAAUUUCUUCUCCUCCGCAUUGUGGCAACAUCGAAUGAUUUGAAGGUUCACUUGUGUAAUCCCACGCGCACCUCGGCUCUCACUCAAUCUUCACAAGCUAUACUUUGUAGUAUGACUCAGUUUGCGCUCCAGUUUGUUUCUUAGUGUUCAAAUCCAUGCUAUGAAAUUCAGUAAAAAAAAUGAUGCGUGUGUCGAAUGUGUAAAAUA